AUGGUCAUUUACGCGGGAGCGCCCGGCCAUCAAUUUCGGUAUCAAUUCAAGGGAGCUUCACCUGGGUGGUGGGAUUGGGGUAAUUCACAAGAUCAUGAAAACACUGUAGCGUGGGUCGUCGAGGAUAAGCUUAACGACCCAAAAGAUAACGGAGGCCGGCCUGCAAUUAUUGUUCUCGGUAGUAACUGGAUCCAGUUUAAGUUGGUUACUUAA